GGGCGGGGAGAGGAGGAGAAGACCGCGGCGGAGGCAGGUGAGAGGAGGAAGGAAGCGACGCCGCGGCGGGCAUAGCGGCACAGGCGGCGGCCCGGUUGCUGGGAGUGUCGGUGCGGCGUGGUGGUUGGGGCGGAUCCCGCGGGGCCCGGGCGGGGGAAGGAGUCACCGGCCCGGCCAUGGCGGACAACGAGAAACUGGACAACCAACGGCUCAAGAAUUUCAAGAACAAAGGCCGCGACUUGGAGACUAUGAGAAGACAACGAAAUGAAGUUGUAGUUGAAUUAAGGAAGAAUAAAAGAGAUGAACAUCUCUUAAAGAGAAGGAAUGUACCACAUGAAGAUAUCUGUGAAGACUCUGACAUAGAUGGCGAUUAUAGAGUGCAAAAUACCUCUCUAGAAGCUAUUGUUCAAAAUGCUUCAAGUGAUAACCAAGGAAUUCAGUUAAGUGCAGUUCAAGCUGCUAGGAAGCUUUUGUCCAGUGAUCGAAAUCCACCAAUUGAUGACUUAAUAAAAUCUGGAAUAUUGCCUAUUUUAGUCCAUUGUCUUGAAAGAGAUGACAAUCCUUCUUUACAGUUUGAAGCUGCAUGGGCUUUGACAAACAUUGCGUCUGGAACCUCUGAACAAACUCAAGCAGUAGUUCAGUCCAAUGCUGUGCCACUUUUCCUGAGGCUUCUCCAUUCACCCCAUCAAAAUGUCUGUGAGCAAGCAGUGUGGGCAUUGGGAAAUAUCAUAGGUGAUGGGCCACAGUGUAGAGAUUAUGUCAUAAGUCUUGGAGUUGUGAAACCUUUACUUUCCUUCAUAAGUCCAUCUAUUCCUAUAACAUUCUUAAGAAAUGUUACUUGGGUUAUGGUCAACUUAUGUCGCCACAAAGACCCACCACCCCCAAUGGAAACCAUUCAGGAGAUUCUUCCAGCUCUUUGUGUUUUAAUUCAUCACACAGACGUAAAUAUAUUGGUAGAUACGGUCUGGGCCCUCUCUUACCUUACUGAUGCUGGCAACGAACAGAUACAGAUGGUAAUAGACUCUGGAAUAGUCCCUCAUUUGGUUCCUCUGCUCAGCCACCAGGAAGUUAAGGUUCAGACAGCAGCGCUUCGAGCUGUGGGCAACAUUGUUACUGGAACUGAUGAGCAAACACAAGUAGUUUUGAACUGUGAUGCUCUUUCACACUUCCCCGCACUUCUGACACAUCCCAAAGAGAAAAUUAAUAAAGAAGCAGUGUGGUUCCUCUCUAACAUCACCGCAGGAAAUCAGCAGCAGGUUCAGGCAGUAAUUGAUGCCAAUCUUGUACCAAUGAUAAUACACCUUUUGGAUAAGGGAGAUUUUGGCACUCAGAAAGAAGCUGCAUGGGCCAUAAGUAACUUAACAAUUAGCGGAAGGAAAGAUCAAGUGGCCUACCUAAUCCAACAAAAUGUUAUCCCACCUUUUUGCAAUUUGCUGACUGUAAAAGAUGCACAAGUUGUGCAAGUAGUACUCGAUGGACUAAGUAAUAUAUUAAAAAUGGCUGAAGAUGAGGCAGAAACCAUAGCCAAUCUUAUAGAGGAAUGUGGAGGACUGGAGAAAAUUGAACAACUUCAAAAUCAUGAAAAUGAAGACAUCUACAAAUUGGCCUAUGAGAUCAUUGAUCAGUUCUUCUCUUCAGAUGAUAUUGAAGAAGAUCCUAGCCUUGUUCCAGAGGCAAUACAAGGUGGAACAUUUGGUUUCAAUUCAUCUGCCAAUGUACCAACAGAAGGGUUCCAGUUUUAGAA